AUGCCUAUUUCCCUCUCACUGCGACCACCUUCCAAUCUCUCCUUCCUCCUCCCUUCAUUCUCAAGCUUGGUACCAUACGUCUCCCGAAGAAACGAAUCCUCCGCGCGCCGAACAACCAAACGCCUCAGAACGAAACCUGACCCAUCCUUCACCUCCUCAAUCCCUCCGUCCCAAGUCAACGACCACAUCGUCUUCAAUCCACCGUCCUCCGCUCCAUCUCCCUACCAUACUCCUCCAGUCUUCCUCCCAGCCAAUGACCCGCGCCGGACCCUCCUCGCUCAAUCCCAUCAGCAUGCCAACCCCUACGACCAACCUGAUAAGCGAUUACCACCAAUCGUCCACAAGCAUAAACCGUACGAGAAGAAGUACCACCUCCGGGAGAAGGAGAUUGAGGAGAUAAGAAGGUUGAGAAGUGAAGAUCCGUAUAAGUGGACACGGGCGAAGUUGGCGGAGAAAUUUGAGUGCAGUCAGUUCUUCGUGGGUAUGGUUGCGGAGGCGCCUUCAGAGAAGAAGGCGGCGGAGCAAAGGAUGAUAGAGGAGAUUCAGGAAAAGUGGGGUAGGAGAAGGAGGUAUGCGAGGGAGGAUAGGGGCAAGAGGAGGGAGUUGUGGGGCAAGGAUUUGUAG